UUUUGGAUGUGCCUUCACUUCAAAAUGACUUUUACUUGAAUCUUGUGGACUGGUCCUCACAAAAUACUCUAGCAGUGGGGCUUGGCACUUGUGUUUAUCUAUGGAGUGCUUCAAACAGAAAACUGACUAAGCUUUGUGACUUGGGGCCUUAUGAAGUUAAGAUGCUGAAAAUAAAGAUGAUCUAUGCAAAGGCUUAUUCCCAAAUAAAACUAGCGUAAGUAUAUGUUUCCAUUUUACUCUGAGUGUGUUGUGCUUAUGAACAAUCUCAGUGAAUUUUUCAAUGCAACUUUCUUACUAUAAAGGGACAAAUCCAUUGUAACCAUGUUUGAAUGAGUCAGAAUUAUCUUUUGUGUAGGUUUGAUACACAUAAAGAAAACAUUGUUGGGUAUAGAGAGGGAGAUGAUGUCUAAACUCCUAGGGAGACUAUUUAGAGAAACAUAAAAAGUACUAGUUGGAUUGCAAUCUAUGCAUGAUGAUUAAAAUACCGAAAAAUUGAAACCUACAAACAAUUUGGUUCAAUUCUUUUUAAUUAUGAUUGUUAAAUCAGUCCUGUGAGUGUUGGUAUGGAUUAAGACGACAGACAGUUUGCAGCUUUUGGAAUUUUUGUAGUUGUUGCAAUUUCUCAUAAUUUUGGAACUAACUUAACAAUGUCAUGCAAUUCAGGAUCUGAAUUGGGAAGGUUGGUUAAAAAUUCUCAUUUUUAUGUUUAUCUGUCUUAUCCUUAACAGUUGUAGGGUUCCAAACUCACUUGAAUUCCCAACACAUUGAUUAUCAUGCAAAUCUGAAUUGUUUGGAACUAUUAUUUGUGCAUGCAACUGUUAGGAUAUAAGAUAAUAUAGGUUAGAGUAGUUAAAAAUUGAUAUAGAAGUUAUUUUGUUGGUUGGUUAAGGUUGUUAGAGUCUACGCUGAUAUCUUUCUAGAAGGGCCGUCUCGAUUUUGAGCAGUUAUCAGUUUAUUGAGUUGUAGUCCCUUGAGAAAAAUACUGAAAAAAUAUGUUUCUUCUUUAGUCUUUAUAAUGUAGACAUUGCUUUGUAUCUAACAAUUUCAAAUGUAAAGUUAUUUGAUUGUUUCUUCCUUUUAUAUCGCAUCUCAAUCGACUACAUUUAUGGACAUCUUCAAAGCAAUAGCGAAACAAGAAGUUGCGACUUAUGAAAGUGUUGCUAUCAGAGUUGAUCAGAAGAGUUAUAGUUACAGUCAACUCAUUUCAUCGGCACAAAAGCUAUCUAAUCUCUUGUGUGAAAAUGAUGGCAAGGGAAAUCUUGCAGGAGCUCGAGUAGAAAUUGUAGCCAAACCGUCUGCAGAAUUUGUUGUCGGAAUACUUGCAAUUUGGUUUAGCGGAGGUGUUGCUGUUCCACUUGCACUCAGCUUUCCAGAAGUAGAGCUCAUGUAUGUGAUAAAUAAUUCGGAUGUGUCUGCAAUACUGAGUACCGAAGAUCAUAGUGAUGAUUAA